CUGCAACAACCAACAUCGCGUAAAACCCAUGUGAUAUUUGACGUCGAUGGCCUUUUGUUGGAUACAGAAAAAUUUUAUACUAUCGCCAACCAGAAAACGCUUGAAAGGUUUGGGCAUGACUUUACCUGGGAGUUGAAGGAGAUGAUGAUGGGAAGGUCCCAAAAAGAUGCGGUAAGUUUGCUUAUCCAGCGACUCGGCCUUUCAGUGACGGUUGAUGAGUAUUUGAUGCCGGGGGCUGAACGAUUGGUCAGACAUCUUCAUAAACAUCGCAUUCCAAUGGCCGUCUGUACCGGAAGCAGAAGGAGCCAGUUUAUACUGAAAACACAAAACCACCACGACUUUUUCUUAUUAUUCAGUCAUAUUGUGUGCAACCCGGAUGAUUCUGAGGUCAAGAGAGGCAAACCGUUUCCGGACUGCUUCCUUGUGAUCGCCUCACGGUUUUCCGAGGCCCCUUCACCUCAAAACGUCCUGGUUUUCGAAGACGGCAAAAAUGGCGUUGAGGCGGCCGUGAAUGCCGGAAUGCAAGUCGUUAUGGUGCCUGAUCCUCGCGUAGACGAAGAGGUGAGGCACAAGGCCACUUUGGCAAUUCCUUCCUUGUUGGAGUUCACACCCUCCCUGUUUUCUCUACCGUCUUUUGAUGACUGA